UAUUAAACAGACGAGCUUGUUGCGUUUCCAAAAACUCCUGGUCGAUCGAUGAUUAGCUGCACUAGUUGAAUAUAAUAUAAACGUUGUGUGCGUGCCCUAUGUAUUAGGAAACAUGUGUUCAAUUUCAAAUCGUUUUCGAGUAUCUUUAUCUACGGGACGUAUUUACAUCCUGAUAUUCGUAUUUUUGUCGAGUUGUGAGGCUAGGACCAUCGGUGAUGAGUCUCAGGAAAACGCGAUUAUAGAUGACACGGCGGAGUACCUUCGAUCUUAUGGCGCCAAGAUGAAAUCCUAUAUGAAUUUCAGCGUAGAUCCUUGUGAAGAUUUUUACGAGUACGCCUGCGGAAACUGGAAGAAUGUGAUUCCUCCCAGACAAUCUGUCAACAAGCGAAACAAUCUACUGGACAUUAUUUAUACUAUAGCAGAAGUAACGGAGUCCCUGUUGAGCAGGUCGCAACUCGCCGAAGCCCUUAAUGUUUCUGCCGAACUUCUGGUUGCGCAACGCUUCUAUAAUUCCUGCCUCAAAGCUCAAGUGCUUCCUCUGCCGGCUGCCGAUCCCGCUUAUCUGUCGCUUAUCAGAUCUAUCGGUGGUUUUCCCGCUGUCGACGGGGAUUCUUGGAACUCGUCCAAUUUCAAUUGGUUCAACAUGAGCGCCCACCUUACCAACUACGGCGCCCAAGGACUGAUUAAAGAAGACAUUCUGCCGCAAUAUCCAUUUAAUCCGUACUUUAAACUGCCGGACCUAGGCUACGACCACUUUGUCCAUACGGAUAACAUAGCUAAUUCAAGUACAAGGGCCUACAUCCUAAACGAGGAGCGUAUGCGUGGCUACCUAAAAGCCUUUAAUCUCACAGAGGAUAAAAUCUCCCAGGUGAUAGUAGGAGUCUUUGACUUUUGGCGCGAGGCGCUCGCUCUUAAAGAUAAAUUUAACGGCGAUGAUAGUCAGUGUCAGGAUUUAACUAUACAAAACAACGUGACAGUUUUUAGCCAAUGGAAUAACUACUACGAGAUUGCCUGGAAUGGCAUGGACUUCUACAACGGAUCGGUCCCUAGCGAAUACUGCGACUUUUACUACACGGAGCUUGACAAGGUGUGUGAUAGGCACAUGGAAGCAGUUGCCAACUAUCUGGCUAUGAUGCUGCUUUAUCGGAUGGACGCCAAGCUGAAGGAGGAAAAGUACCAUAAAGAACAUUGCCUGCUGAUCGUUCAGUUCACGUUAUCCCAUCUCUUUAAUAAGCUAUACAUGCCGGAAAACUUUUCAGAAGACAUACAUUCUGACAUCUUCAGCAUGGUGACGGAACUAAGAAAAUCACUGCGUGAGGUUCUUAGGAACGCUGAAUGGCUGGACAAUGAGACAAGGCAAGAGGCCUUACUCAAGGAGGCCAGCAUGACUCCGGUAAUUGGCAGCUACAAGAACGCAGCGAUCACCGACGUCCUUCUCAAUCAGAUCAGGAAUCUAACUCUUUUUGAUGACAACUAUGCCAAAAGUUUGAUCAGCUUGCGAAAAUUGGGUAUUAGUCUGCGGCGAUAUAAUGGCCUUCAUUUUGAGGAUAUGUCUGAGGACACGAAGCCAUUGGAACUCCUGGUUGGAAUGCAGGUAAAUGCCUUCUAUUACAACUUGGAUAAUUCCAUCUAUGUGAUGGCUGGGAUACUUCAUCCGCCAGUGUAUCACCACUUGUGGCCCAACUCUCUAAAAUUUGGCACACUGGGCUAUCUCAUAGGUCAUGAGUUAACACACGGUUUUGAUACGUCUGGCUCCGGCUUUGACGGCUCAGGUAUAAUUCGGAAUUGGUGGACAGAGAAAUCAAACGCAGUGUUUAAGGAGCGGGCUAGGUGUUAUGUGGAUCAUUAUAGCAGGUAUCUUAUACCAGAGAUUAAUCGUAAUAUUAAUGGCAACGAAACCAAGGACGAAAAUAUUGCGGACGCCGGCGGAUUGAGGGAGGCGCUCGCCGCCUAUCGAAACCAUUUGAAACAGAUCCAAAUAAGCGCCGACGAGACACUGGCGCCCCAAAGUGACCAAAUGCCUGGCCUUGAUCUCUCACCCGAGCAGCUAUUCUUCCUCGGAUUCGGACAACUCUGGUGCUCCUCAUUUAAAGAGGAACACUACUGGGAGGAGCUGAAUGAGAAGCACACAAUCGACAAAUAUCGAGUACUGGGGGCCGUCUCUAACAAUGAUGACUUUGCCGAAGUCUAUAACUGUCCAGUUGGAAGUGCCAUGCGUCCAAAAGCAGAAAGCUGUCGGGUCUGGUAAUCUUAAGGGAUCUUCAAAAAAAAAAUUGACAAAGAUAUAAAUAAAGAAACUA